UGGAAACUACAGAGUAUAUCGAGGAGGGAGCAAGUGAAACUGUGGAGUGUCUUUGCCUGAGUAUCUACUUUGCUGGUCAUCAUGCAUACUGGGAUUGUUUUUUUUAUCCUUGCCCUGACUGUUCAACAUGUUUCUGGUUAUGCGCCCAGAAGCUGCAAACAAUUAAAAGAUGACUUCAAUGUUCAUACAGAUGGGUUGUACACCCUGACCACAGCUGAUGGCGCAGUCUACCAGACCUUCUGUGACAUGACCACUGCAGGUGGCGGCUGGACCCUGGUGGCCAGCGUUCAUGAGAACAACUUGUAUGGUAAAUGUACAGUGGGUGACCGCUGGUCUAGCCAGCAGGGUGACGAUCCCAGAUGGCCAGAGGGUGAUGGAAACUGGGCCAACAGAAAUGUCUUUGGAACAGCAGAGGGUGCCACCUCUGAUGACUUCAAGAAUCCUGGUUACUACGACAUACGAGCAGAAGAUGUAUCAGUGUGGCAUGUCCCCAACAACUCCCCACUAUUCAACUGGUGAAAUGCAGCUAUCUUGCGAUACCACACAAAUACACGCUUCUUAGUUGCACAAGGCGGGAACCUCUUCACACUCUUUAAUCGUUUCCAAGUGAAAUUCAAUGUAGGAGGUUGUAUUACCAACAAUGGACCAUCCAUCCCCAUCAUAUAUGAUCAUGGAAGUAGAGCAACCACAACACACUUUUAUGGGCCCUCUGCAAGAACCCAGUUUGACGCAGGCUACAUCACCUUCAGAGCUAUCAACACAGAACGUGCUGCCACUGCCAUCUGCUCCGGGACCAAACCAAAGGGAUGUCACAUUGAACAUUUUUGCAUUGGUGGAGGAGGACAUUUCCCUGAGGCGCGGCCAAGACAAUGUGGAGACUUCACCUCCUUUGACUGGAAUGGCUAUGGGAGCCACAAUUCUUGGAGUGCAUCAAGGCAAAUCACUGAGGCAGCUGUGUUCCUCUUCUAUCGCUGAUUUUGUUUCUAAAAAUCAUGUUUAUUUUAAAACAGUUUGACUAUCUUGUUUCUAGCUAAACAUUACCACCAAUCAGCACAAAUAAUCUUCUUUGAUUUACAUCAUUUUUUAGUAAUUAAGCUAUACUAUCUGAUCUAUCUGUAUCUAUCUGUAAAAUUGGUGAAUCCAGUCAUGUAAAAUCAACAGUCUUGAGGUUACUUCAACAGCAACAAUUAAAAGCACUGAGAAAAUUU